AUGGCAGAGAUUGACUUUUUAUCUGCUGAACUUGAAAAUGAUGAUGAGUGUAUAGACGAUGAAGCAGAAAGAUCCAAUCUAUCGUCUCCGGAGAAAAAUAAUACCAAGUCUUCAGAUCAAUCGUCAAAGGAAUGGAUCUGUUCGGAGAAAAAAGAAGAGAUAACGACUCAAGAAACUGUCGAGAUUUGUCAGAAGACUGUCAAUCCGAAUAAUCGUGUUAAUGCUGAAAACUUCAAAAUUCAACGUGUCAUUGGCAAAGGAGGCUACGGAAAGGUUUUUCUAGUUCAGAAGGUUGAUGGCAUUGAUCAAGGAAAACUCUAUGCCAUGAAGGUUUUAAAGAAGGCCAGACUAGUGUGCAAUGAAAAGGAUAAGGCACACACUGUUUCUGAAAGGAAUAUCCUUGAAAUGUUACAGCACCCUUUCCUGGUGAAACUUCAUUAUGCUUUUCAAAAUCACUCCAACUUGUACAUUGUGCUAGAAUAUUGCCACGGAGGAGAACUGUUUAACUACUUGGAACGUGAAGGAGCUUUGUUAGAAAAUGCUGCGUGUUUUUACGCUUCUGAAAUUGUUCUAGCUAUUGGACAUCUGCAUUCGUUGGGUAUAAUCUACAGGGAUUUAAAGUCUGAAAAUGUGUUGUUGGACCGCCAGGGUCACGUAAAGCUUACUGACUUUGGACUUUCAAAAGAGGGUGUGUGCACUACCAAUACAUUCUGCGGAACGAUUGAGUAUAUGGCCCCUGAAAUAAUCCGAUGUGAAGGUCAUGGAAAAGCAGUAGAUUGGUGGAGUCUUGGGACUUUAAUCUACGAUAUGCUAUCUGGCGCGCCACCAUUUAGCCAGGAGGAAAGUCGUGAAGCUACCACACGCAAAAUACUCACAGCUCCUUUAAAAUUUCCACCAUCAUUCUCAUCAGAAGUUACCAGUCUCAUACGUGGCUUGUUGAAACGUGACCCAAAUGAAAGACUAGGAAGCAAAGAAGAUAUGGAGGAAAUUAAACGGCACAAAUUUUUCAAAAGACAUGAAAUAAAUUGGUCUGAUGUCUAUAACCGACGUUUGAAACCACCUUUCCGUCCUAAACUAACUGCUGAGAAUGAUGUGUCGAUGUUUGACCCAUCGUUUACCCGUUUACAACCAGUUGUUAGUCCUGUCGAUGGUGGUGCAUCCAUUCCUCCGGAUAUGUUCCAAGGCUUUUCGUAUGUGGCACCGAGUGUCUGUGAGGAUAGUUUACGAGAUAAUUGGACAGAUAACUUACCAAGUCGUCAUCGAAGACAUGGUUUACGUGGCGCUAUGUCUGCUGGACGUUUAAGACGUAUUGGUUUCGGUCAUUUGACUGCACCUAAUCGAAUUCCUGAAGAUAUUGUCGUACAUAAUAUUCCAUUACAGGUUCAACCGGAAUUGAAUGAUUUCCAUGAUUUUAGUGCAGACUAUCGACAAAAGCCUGUGAUGCACCAAUCGUCUAAUCAUGUAUCAACUCAAGGGAUCGCAAACGAUAAACGUACUGCUCACUUACCUAAUCAUCAUUAUCAACAACAAUGCUAUUCAAACGAUACACAACAGCUGCACAAAAUUUCAGGAAAAUCAACUCAGAUAAUCACGUCCAAUGGUACUACAAAUAGUAAUAAUGCUGUAAAAAAAGAAAAGGAAGCGGAUGAGCAGGAAGACGAUGACGAUGAUGAAAUAGCUGCAGAAGAAGAAGACAAUGUUCCAGGAGCAAAACAAAUACAACCAACAAGUGCUCCAAAAUAUUUGCCACUUUGUAAAUAUGAAUCUAAAAGCAAUGAUAUAGUGACUAAUAUCAACACUAACAGUAUUUAUUCAACCACAAAACCAUCCAGUAAGAAUCCUACAAAAUAUGCACCCUUCAGUGGUUCACUUCAAUGUCAUCCAGAGUUGCAUGCAAAUACAAAAAUGAUCAAUUCACGUUUAAUGUAUAGUUGUCAAACUGGAUCAUUUCCACAUAAUAAAUCAGGACAUGCUACAACAUCACAUCUUCCCUCAAUACAAAAUGGACCACGUAUCACUUCACCUUUACAACGUCGUGGUGUAAAUUGUGCAACAACGUUGCAUUCAGAUGUAUCUAAUACUAUUCCCAUUACUCCUACUACUGUAGCAACAAGUACAAAUACUUCAACAAAUGCUAAAUGUAGUAUUAUGUAAUAUUGUACAGUAUCUUGCUCAUUCAUAUCAUACUGUGAUUCUUAUGUAAAAUAUCAAAAUAGAUUCAUAUUCUUUAAAGCUCUCAUCUCAUCAAACUCACAUUAAAUCAUCAUCUAUUAACAAUGAACAUCUAUUUACUUUGAUGAAAGAUGAAUUCCACUCUCAAGCUCCGUUGUCUAAAAACAUAUCUAUAUCGUUUAUCUUCAUAAUUUCUUGAUUUCUUUUGUUUUUCUAAUCUGGAAAAUUAAUAUAUCAUAUAUUCUCAUAUUUGUAAUAGUUUAUAAUGAUGUUGGGAUCCAUGAGAUGAUAGUAACCGAUGGUUAGAGAUCUUGAAUGUAACAUGGUUCAAAAUCGUUUGUAAUGGCUCAGGCGCAUCCAAUCUUUGUAUUCUCCCAAAUUUUAAUCAUCUGAAUUCUUUAUAUCUCUUUCUCUUUUUUCUCUUUCCAAAUUUAUUUCACUGGAUCAUACUCCUUGAAUAACAUCAUUAAACCCUGAUUUUUCCGAUAACUGCUUAUACUCUUACUACCUCUACCACUAUGGGAUUUGAAUCGACAAUUGUAUCUCUAUGCUAAUGUUGUAAGGCAACCUGAACAGAUGUACGAACGUACGAAGUUCUACGUUGUUACUAACUAAUUGAUAAUGAUGUGUUUUGGAUGAGUUCUAGUACUGUUUACUUCUUUUCAAAACAUGAAGUAAAACAUACAUGUUAUAAGUUCAUACACAAAUGAUUUUUAUAUAUCUUCCUCCCUCUCUCCCCCUCUUUCUCUUUCUACACAUAUAUACGCACAUACAGCUUGUUUACACAUGUAUAUAAAUCACCAAUAUGUUAAAUAUUCAUCUAUCACUCUAAACAUUCCUAACAUUUUAUACCAACAUUAUCAUUCCUUCACAUUGUUUAUAUUUCUGUAUUAGCACUAUUUUUUUCUUUGUUGUUCAUAUCUCAGUUGUCCAUUGGUUAACUACUUUAUAUCCUAUUGGUUGACUAAUUAUACCAUAUACUUUAUAUGAUCAUUGCUGCUCCCUCUUUUUCUUCGGUUCAUAUAUAAAAAUAAUUUUGUGCACAUCAUUUAUUCUGAUAUGAUUAUAGUAGCCAUAUAUAGAGUAUAUCAGUAAUAUUCUUGUUUUAAAUAUGUAUUCAAACUUCAGGACAAUUUUGUCUUCAGAACACUGUUCAUCUUGUUUUCAUCAAUUGUUUUCCUCUCUUCUUAAGUGGAAGGUGUGAGCUGGGUAAAUAUUAAGUGAACAGUCUGCCCAAAUGUACAUUACAUAAUUUUGUUUUUUUUUAUGUAGGAAUUGACUAGACAGUUAUAUUUAUCUUUGUUAUAUAUAUGGUCUCUCUUUGC